GCGAGCGAUGGCAGCGGCGGGCGUCUGCGGGCGACGAGGCGGCGGCGGCGGGCGGCGCGAGGAGCCCCUGUGAUUGGCACAGCCCGAGCCGGAGGAGGAGGCGCGGGGAGGGCGGAGGAGGAGGAGGUGGAGGAAGGGGGCGAGCGCGCGCGGCGGCGGCGGCGGCGGCGGCGGUGGUGGCGGCGGCGGCGAGGAGCUGUGCCUUUCACCUUUUCAGCCCCGGCAGGACAGGGGCGGCCGCCGCGGGCCCGGGGCGGGGACAGCACGCAGGCUCGCCGCGCACAACGCCGCCCGGCAGCGGCCCCGAUACCCGGGGCGAGCGGGAAAGCGGCGGCGGCCGCGGCGGCGGGGGAAGGAUGCAGGGGAAGAAGCCGGGCGGCUCGUCGGGCGGCGGCCGGAGCGGCGAGCUGCAGGGGGACGAGGCGCAGAGGAACAAGAAGAAGAAAAAGAAGGUGUCCUGCUUCUCCAACAUCAAGAUCUUCCUGGUGUCCGAGUGCGCCCUGAUGCUGGCGCAGGGCACGGUGGGCGCCUACCUGGUGAGCGUCCUGACCACCCUGGAGCGGAGGUUCAACCUGCAGAGCGCGGACGUGGGCGUGAUCGCCAGCAGCUUCGAGAUCGGGAACCUGGCGCUCAUCCUCUUCGUGAGCUACUUCGGGGCGCGCGGGCACCGGCCGCGCCUCAUCGGCUGCGGUGGCAUCGUCAUGGCCCUGGGCGCGCUGCUGUCGGCGCUGCCCGAGUUCCUGACCCACCAGUACAAGUACGAGGCGGGCGAGAUCCGCUGGGGCGCCGAGGGCCGUGACGUCUGCGCCGCCAACGGCUCUGGUGGAGACCAGGGCCCCGACCCGGACCUCAUCUGCCGCAGCCGGACCGCCACCAACAUGAUGUACUUGCUGCUCAUUGGGGCCCAGGUGCUCCUGGGCAUCGGUGCUACCCCCGUGCAGCCCCUGGGCGUCUCCUACAUCGACGACCACGUGCGGAGGAAGGACUCCUCGCUCUACAUAGGAAUCCUUUUCACGAUGCUAGUAUUUGGACCAGCCUGUGGAUUUAUCCUGGGCUCUUUCUGUACCAAAAUGUACGUGGAUGCCGUCUUCAUUGACACAAGUAACCUGGACAUCACUCCAGACGACCCCCGCUGGAUCGGAGCCUGGUGGGGUGGCUUUCUGCUCUGCGGUGCCUUACUCUUCUUCUCUUCCCUCUUGAUGUUCGGGUUUCCACAGUCUCUGCCCCCGCACUCAGACCCUGCCAUGGAGAGCGAGCAGGCCAUGCUCCCCGAGAGAGAGUACGAGAGACCCAAGCCCAGCAACGGGGUCCUGAGGCACCCCCUGGAGCCGGACAGCAGCGCCUCCUGCUUCCAGCAGCUGAAAGUGAUCCCGAAGGUCACCAAGCACCUGCUCUCAAACCCUGUGUUCACCUGCAUCAUCCUGGCCGCCUGCAUGGAGAUCGCGGUGGUGGCUGGCUUUGCUGCCUUCUUGGGGAAGUACCUGGAACAGCAGUUCAACCUUACCACCUCUUCCGCCAACCAGCUGCUCGGGAUGACUGCGAUCCCCUGUGCCUGCUUGGGAAUCUUCUUGGGCGGUCUCCUGGUGAAGAAGCUCAGUCUUUCUGCCCUUGGGGCCAUUCGGAUGGCCAUGCUCGUCAACCUGGUGUCCACAGCUUGCUACGUCUCCUUCCUCUUCCUGGGCUGCGACACAGGCCCCGUGGCUGGGGUUACUGUUCCCUAUGGAAACGUCUCAGCACCUGGCUUGGCCCUGGACCCCUACUCACCCUGCAAUAAAAACUGUGAAUGCCAAACCGAUUCCUUCACUCCAGUGUGUGGGGCAGAUGGCGUCACCUACCUGUCUGCCUGCUUUGCUGGCUGCAGCAGCACGAAUCUCACCGGCUGUGCGUGCCUCACGACCGUCCCGCCCGAGAACACGACUGUGGUUCCUGGAAAGUGCCCCAGUCCCGGGUGCCAAGAGGCCUUCCUCACUUUCCUGUGUGUGAUGUGUGUCUGCAGCAUGAUUGGGGCGAUGGCACAGACACCCUCGGUCAUCAUCCUUAUCAGGACAGUCAGCCCUGAACUCAAGUCUUACGCCCUGGGAGUCCUGUUCCUCCUCCUCCGUUUGUUGGGCUUCAUCCCCCCUCCCCUCAUCUUCGGGGCCGGCAUCGACUCCACCUGCCUGUUCUGGAGCACGUUCUGCGGGGAGCAAGGCGCCUGUGUCCUGUAUGACAACGUGGCCUACAGAUACCUGUACGUCAGCAUCGCCAUCGUGCUGAAGUCGUCCGCCUUCGUCCUCUACACGACCACGUGGCAGUGCCUGCGGAAAAACUAUAAACGCUACAUCAAAAACCACGAGGGCGGGCUGAGCACCAGGACUGCUUCCUCCGGAGGACUCGGGCUCAAAUGGACUGUGGGUCCUACCCACUCUCACAUGCCUCUUAAUAUAACCAGCAGGACACCACGACAGCUGCCUUCUGGGGACUUCUUCCUGUGUUGUUCUGGGUCUUAACCAGAGAGCCCAGUGAUCAAUUUCUAUGAGGUAUCCUACCAGAAGCCGACAGUAACAGGAAACAGGAGACUCCUCUGAUACAUUUUCUGACACAUCAGAGACACAUUCCUCAGUGCCGGUCAUCAGUUUCAGUGGGGACACCCCAGACACCUCUCCCACAGGCACCGCCAUGUUCCUCAGCAUCAACCCCAGAAUUUUGGCUCUGGCCCAGGGCCUUCAGACAUACCAACGCUGGCCACUGGUUGGAUAGGUCUUACUCUAUUAUCAGAUACUAGACUUUUAGGAACAGACUUUCUAGAUGUUUCUAUUUUUGCAUUAAUGACUCAGGCCAACAAUUAGUAGUUGAUGUUUAGCAUAAAAUUAUGAAUAUUUUUCCAUAAGACAAAGUGAUUGUGUUCUUCUUCUAGAAGCAAAUAGAAUGGUAAAUUUUCUGGAGGUUUAAACAUUCUGUGGGUUGACAUCUUGCCAUUAAAUCCCCCAAAAUAAUGUUUUUCUUAAAUUCAUGCUAACUUAAUAGAAGAGAGCUGUCAGUGAUAGGUUUGUCAAAACUGUUCAGUUUUAUCAUCCAAGGUCAGAAGAUGAAUGGGAAGUACGCAGUGUAGGAAGUUGCAUUACAGAAGGAACCCAAGCAAGACAUAGGUUAGUCCAGCACCUCAAAGGGGGAAGGGGUUGGGGGGCUCACAUGUAAGAGCCUGCUACCUACAUGCCAGGUGUCAUAGGCACGGUCCCAGGCAAUGCACCCAAGCAGCUUUACAGCAGUUAAAGGUAAGUCUAAUUUCUUCCACUUUUACAGAUCAGUUAACUAGUUUACUGAAGGCUCCCAGGGUCACACAGAUAGAAAGGCCAUCAGGAACCAAUGCCAGGUCUGUCUGACUCCUGAACCAGUGCUCUACUACACCACAUCAUCACCAACUCAAGAGCACAGAUCUGCCUCUUAGGAAGCUCCAAUGCCAGCAGGGCAUCUCCUCUUGGGAAAACCCCCCACAGAAAUCUGUAUUUUUUUUUUAAAUAUUUAUUUGACAGAGAGAAAUCACAACUAGGCAGAGAAG